AUGCCCGCAUUUUGCAAAAAUACAUACGGGCGGCGUACCAAAAACAAUACCAACAAAAGUACAAAUUGGAACGCGAUUAAAGCGUUAAUUUGCAGGAUUUUGGGUACAAGCCAAGCGUUAGCUAAAGGAAAACGAGCCGGGCCACGACCAACCCGUUCACCAAAGGAAAAAACCAUAAUAAUUUUAUGCCCGCAUAGCAAUUACCCAAAUGGUUUAUUACCAAAAGCCGAAGCAUGGCAAAUAAGAUACAAGCUUUUAUAUAUACCAACGCGGUACGACAAGGACGUAAAAAGCUUGUAUAAAUUUCCUAGCAACCUUAACAACCCAAAGUACGUAAAGCUAUUUGCAAUAAAAACUUUAGCAAUAACGAUUAGCUUGAACAAGCAACAUUUCCAUAUACGGGUGCAAUAA